AAAACAAUCACCUCGAAAAGAAGUGCAUCGCUAAAACGCGGCAAAUAAAUGAGUUACAAGGGGAAAUUCAGAAUUUGAAAGAAAAACUGGUAAAUAAAGACAGGCAGAUUGCAGAUAUGCAGAUAAUAUGCCGUUAAAUCUUAAAUGCUUAAAAUGGCAAACCAAAACAGAAUGUAUGCAGAGAAUGAUAGUCUAAUGCUCAGAGUGAAAAUGGCAGAACAGAUAGCAGCAAGGGCAAGGGCUUCCCUACCAAAGGAAUCUCGGGUUGCUGCAAAGAAACAGCUUUUGCAGGAAACGGUUACACAAGCAAACAAUGCCAGAUUCGAUCAGACAGCAGAAACUGAAACUUUAGCCGAAAUAGCAGAAAAUAUGACGGUGGCAGUUGUGGAAUAUACAAACCAGAGUGUGUAUAUUGGAGAAAUGGAGGGAAACAUGAUAACCUUUGCCAGUCGGCCAGUCGGAAAACUAACAGUUCUCUCAACGUAAAAAAUAAACAGAGCGUGAUUUUGAAUCCCUUGGACAAAAUGAAAAUUAAUCGUCGAUAUUUAAUUGCAAAAUUCGAAGGAUGUAAGAAAGACAACGUAAUACAAUUAUCGGAAAUUCAGAUUCAACUUAUAAAUCAGUCCGUAGCUUCGUAUUGUUCCAAACAAGCUUCAGACAUCUAAAACCUCAUAUAUUUGGUAUGAUCAUAAAUAUCAGAUAACAGUUUGCCUGUACAUAUCUUUUAAACCUUGUUUUUGUAUUUCAGUAAGCUUACAUUGUGUUUUCAUUUUGUAAAUAUUUGUACAUUUUAUGAUUGAGUUAUUUUUUAUUUACUUUUGCUUUGCC